GAUUCAAAAGAUAAAAGACCGGCGGCUAUAGUCCCACAGUCAAUACUAACUCAGUUUGGUUCGUUGUAUCAAGUCAAACAUGAAUUCGAUGAAGAAAUUUAGUCUCAUCAUGAGUGUGGCGCUUCUCUUGGCAGCUUCUGCACCAGCUGAAGAGCAUAUAAGACCAGCCUCAUCAAGCAAGCGAGUUGUUAAUGGAGAAAAUGCUGAUGCUCACGAAUGGCCAUGGCAAAUUUCCCUUGCAAGUGAUACUCAAUCGCACUUUUGUGGUGGGUCGAUCAUUGCACCCGACUGGGUGCUAACGGCCGCUCAUUGCGUAACAUCAAGGACGGCAAAAUCGUUAAUAAUAUUAGUUGGUGCGCAUGAGAGACAAAAAUUAACACAGCACCUAAAAGUUCAUUAUGCCAAGGAGAUAUACAUCCAUAAAAGCUACCAUCGUCGACAUCUAAGAGCAGAUGUCGCUCUUAUUCAUCUCCAAGAYAGUAUCGCGCUACACAAGCACGUAGCCGCAAUUCCUCUUCCUCGWCAAGGCGACAGGGUCAGUCCUGGUACAAAAUGCUUCGUGACAGGUUGGGGUCGCACGAACGCUCAUAGUACAACUGCGAAUGUUCUACAAGAAGCAGAUAUGACGAUUGGCCGUUCCACAGACUGUACGCAUUCGUUCAAGUCGUUUUAUGAUGAUAAUACGAUGCUAUGUGCGGGAUCCCAAGGAAAAGGCGGUUGUUAUGGAGAUAGCGGGGGACCAUUGGCAUGCUGGGAGAAUGGUCAGUGGUUUUUACGUGGUGUUACGAGUUUCGUGAUAACAGGCUGCCUCGUUGAUCGCCACACAGGAUUUGCCCGAGUUAGUACCUUUGUCGAUUGGAUCCAGGAAAAAAUGAAAAAUUAACCCCAAUAAGGGGGUUUAGUAGGGUUUUCUGAUAUAGCAGUUUGCAUUGCAUUGUGGUCUAGUUUCAGUAGAAACACCUUUUUUUUCAUGCUGCCAAAUAUGGCGUUGUUUGUACCGAAUCUAGAUAACAAUGCACCAUAAUUUUAUUUCAGAAAAAGUGUAUUACUGGAAAUAACCUUUUCAGAUUGAACAAAUAAAUUCAAACUGAUGUUU